AUGGAAAAUAAUAUAAACAAUAUACCCAUUGAAUUUUUAACUUGCAAUGGUUGCCGUCAAAAUUCUUCUAAUAAACGGAAAAGAUCUAUAACAACUGAUGAUACUCUAUUUAAUGAUGAAUUAGAAAUUAUUGAAUUAGAUUUUUUAAGUGAAAGUGUUGUAGAGGUUUUAGAAAAUGCACAAUCAAAUUCAGAUUUUCAUUUCCAUUGUGGAAUAAAUAUUAGAAAUUAUGAUGGUUCAAAUAAAGACUUAGCAAGUGAGAUUGUUGAACAAAUUGAGAAUGCAGACAAAUACAAUUGGAUUUAUAAUCGUCAAUAUAAUG